GUUCCCUCUGCACAUUUACCUCCACCUCUCAUAAAAAGAAGAUCAAAGACCAUCUCCAGAAUUCUGACAUCGAAGCUGAUGAUGUGGAAACAGAUGAUCAAACUUCCAACAUGGACGACGACCUUCUAACACAAUCAGACUUGGACGAGAAUGGAGAUCCAAAGAGUCCCAUCAGUUCAUCAUCCAAGAAAGGCAAGGGAGGGUCCUCGAGGGACUCCAAAGGGGGGACUAAGCCUCGACGAGCAAGGACCGCGUUCACAUACGAGCAACUUGUCUCAUUGGAGAAUAAAUUUAAAACGACUAGAUAUCUGUCCGUGUGCGAGCGGCUUAAUCUAGCAUUGAGCUUGAGUUUGACGGAGACACAGGUCAAAAUCUGGUUUCAAAACCGCCGCACCAAAUGGAAAAAGCAAAACCCGGGGAUGGAUGUGAACAGCCCUACGGUCCCGCCGCCGUCCGCGGGUGGAUUCCCGUCGGGGCCUUACCCUGGGGGCCUUCUGUACUCCCAUGGAGUCCCUUACCCGUUCACAGGGCCUGGGCCCUACGCGCCGUACUUCCACCACCUGGCUGCCAACCAUCACCACACACACGGAAGUCUAGGGCACUCACACACGUGAUUGUGGUCCCGCCCUGCGGACGCUAGGGUAGAGAAAGAAACCGAAAGUGGACUAUCGAAUUAGUGUAUCGAUGUUUAUUAAUAGUGCAAUUUGUAAUUUAAGAUAUUAAUCGAUUGUGAUACAUACGAUAAGGUUUAUUUAAAAUCAAGCAUUUUUAUUUAUAUCUUCAAUACAAACACAUGAUUCCGUUUUUACUGUCCGUAGAUAUGUAUCUUAUUUCGUACGCAAUAGCACAAUUUUAAACUAAAAUGAUGUGCCAAUGGUGCUUUCUGACAUUACGCGAUGUAGGAUUUGCAUCAAGCGGCUUGUUGCGCGCUGCUUAUUAAACCUGUUUUAUUAAACUGACUGAGAGUGUACGCACACCUUAGAGUAAACUAUCGCACAACUGUUUAGUUCCGCUUUGACCUCUAUGAGCUGAUAUGGAGGUGCGCACACUACUCGAUUUUUAGUUGUGAUGUGCCAACUCGGGAAAAACGUAACUCGAUUUAACUCGAGUUAAAAUCCACAUAACUCAGGUUGAACUCGAGUUACGUAAUUCGAGUUAACCAUCACUAAAUUUUAGUUGUACAACUAAACAGUUGAAUUGGCUGCGAAACAAUUGACAAUCGCACAACCGUUGUGCGAUAGUUUAGUUAAAGGUGUGCGCCUGCUCUUAGCAACGACAGUCAGUACGAAUCUUUAGUGAA